AUGUACGGUCGUGCCACGACGCUCUACCCCCAUACUCUCGAAAUGCUCGACCAGCUUGACCUCUUGGAAGAACUGAACCAGAUCGGUUAUAUCGGGCGAACCAGCGUUACUUACAAGGAUGGUAAACGGGUCACGUCGCGAGGAUGGCACGUCAUGUUUGAGCGAAUGAACGGGACGUUUCUUGACUAUUGUUUGAAUAUUCAGCAGAAGUACUCAGAGGAGGUCAUUCAGGGGGCGUAUAAGCAGUUGGGUGGCGUGCCGUAUGUGGAGUGGAAGUUGGAGGAGUAUGCAGUUGAUCAGGACAGUGCGAGUGGCAUCAUCAACAAAGCACCCUCUUCCGGAAUGAUCUCGGCCGGGUGGAGGGGCCCGGAUGCUUUGGUUUACGCGCCUGGUUCUCGUCUACCGACUCGUCUUUUCCAUAGGACAAAGAACUGCGGCCAAUGGUCAAUCAUCGUCUUUGCGGGACAGCCUAUAGUGACGCACAACGUACUCGCGCCUGCAGUGGAGCGGCUGCAGGAAAUCGCGAAGACCCUCCCCGCCAACAUGAACCGGUUCCUGACCUUGGUGGCUCAGAGCGCAGCAGAGGGUGACCUGAUGUUCAAGCUUCCCAAGAUAGGGAAUGUCUACUAUGACCAGGAUCGUGCCGCUCACUCGGCGUAUAGUAGUAUCUCAACUAUGAAUGGAGCGGUCGUGGUUCUUAGACCAGACGGUAUCUUGGGGCAUGCGGCACCGUUGAGUGAUCUGGAUGGUGUCGCAUCUUUCCCGAAAGGAUUCACACAGAUUGAUGCAUAG